GAAGUGCCGGUCAGGGUAGGAGAGAGCCGGGCAUGGCGUCGGACGGCGCGGAGGCGGAAGCAGCGGCGGAGGCGCGAGUGCGGGCCUGGGCGGCGGCGCAGGCGGCGCGGGGGCGUCGGGUGGCGCUGGUGACGUCGGGGGGGACGCAGGUGGCGCUGGAAGCGCGCGCCGUCCGGUUCUUGGAGAAUUUCAGCAGCGGGCGGCGCGGCGCCGUCUCUGCCGAGCGCUUGGUGAGCGCCGGUUACGGCGUCUGCUUCCUGCACCGCGCCCGCUCCGCCUUCCCCUGGGCCAGGGUCCUCCCGCCUAACGGGCCAGCCUUGCUCGACGCCCUCCGUCUCAGCCCCGGGCCGCCGCCCGCCAUCACCGCCGACCCCGCCGCUCUCCCCGCCCUGCUGCCGGCUCUCCGGGACUACCGGCGGGCUACCGAGGACGGGGCGCUGCUGGCCAUCGAGUUCACCGGCCUUACCGAGUACUUGGCUCUGCUGCGAGCCGCCGCCCGCGCCUUGGCGCCCUUCGGCUCCAGUGUCAUGUUUUACCUGGCAGCUGCCGUGUCGGAUUUCUACAUCCCCGCCUCAGAGAUGCCGGAGCACAAGAUCCAGUCCUCAGAGGGGCCCCUCCAGAUCACGAUGAAGAUGGUGCCAAAAAUGCUCUCUCCUCUCGUCAAAGAAUGGGCCCCAGAGGCGUUUGUGAUUUCUUUUAAACUGGAGACGGAUCCCUUGAUCUUAAUCAAUAAAUCACGGCAGGCUCUGGAGAAAUACCGGCACCAGGUGGUGGUGGCAAAUGUCCUGGAGUCACGGAGAACCUCCGUUAUUAUCGUGACCAAAGACUCACAGACUCCGUUGUCGCUCUCAGAGGAGGAGAUAGCACAAGGCAUGGAGAUAGAGGAGAAGAUCGUGAGCUACCUCCAGGGCCAGCACACGGCGUUCAUAGAGAAGAGAGUCUGAGUUCCAGGUGACAUUAGACAAAUACACUGAUGUGAAAGUGUUCCCAAGGAUGGUCUUUGCUAUGCUGUCCGAGGGUUGUAUCCCUUUAUUCCUGUCCCAGGGGAGGCAGAGAAAUGGUUUGAUGUCUGUACAUAAAAGAUUUUAUCGACUCUUCUGAGGUUCUUUUCAGAGGGAAGGAAUGGCACUUUGCGGAA